AUGGCCAUCCACUUCUCUACAUUGAGCCUAUAUAAUGACCACCCCUACUGCAGCCCCAGCACAGCUUUCCCACCAGCCCUGCCCUCAGUCAGAAGCCCUUGCUUUAAGCUGCUUCUCUGGUGCUACCCUGGAAGGCUAAUUACAGAGGCUCUCUGGCUGCUGAGGUUGGGGAACACUGUCAUUCCUCACUACCCUGCAAAAGCAGCUGUGGACAUAAUGGAGCUGUGA